UCAAAUCAAGUUUAGUCAGUCAAAAACUGUAGGUAUAGAAUCGGCAUAUGUAGAUUUAUUUGGAUUUUAAUAAAUAGAAAUCUGAUAAAAUAAAUUAAUCUGCAAAUAAUUAAAGCUUCAAAAUUCGUUUUCAGUUAUUUUCAUAAUUUCACAAUGUUUUAUUAAAUUUUUGUUUAUUGCGUCGCUUAUUUUUUGUUUUUGGAAAAAUGGAGCCGACAAUUUCGAAGCCGCGGCACUACCGCACCGCCAUCUACGUGUUGGUGCUCGCCAACAUGUUGUCGCUCUUCGCCGCCGCCAACACAGUGCUCGUGCUCAACCCUGAAGACAGAAUAUCCGUGACCCGCGGCGCGUCGCUCACAGCGCUCGGCUUCGUCUACUUCAUGACUAUGUUCGAGUUGCUUAACGUGUGCGCGCUGUACACCGGCGUCGGCGGCCGGCUGCGGCAGCGGCACCGGCUCGGCGCCGGCGACGUGCUGGACAUCACCAACAAGCUAGUGUCGGCAGUGCAAGCGGCGCUGUCGUGCGUGACCGGGGUCGUGGUGUGUCUCUGGUCGUGCACCAGAGACUUCAUGAGGUCCUCCCACUACAUGUCUGAAGCGUACGCGUGGUUCGGAGCGGCCUACUUCUUCUAUGACAUCUGGUCUAUGUACAUGGUACACGUCCAAAUGAACACGGGCGUGGACUACCUAAAGGGUAAACUGCAGCGCAAGCUGUCAAAGAACGGCGACGCAAGGUUGUCGUCGGGCGACGGCGCGCCGCUGUCCGCCGGCAAGAAGCCCGCGCCCACAUUCUUCGAAUACUGCAGAUAUGAACCUGUUAUAUUGCUGCACCAUUUGUUUAUCGGCGGAUUUGGAUUCCUCGUCAUUGUUUACCUCCGCGGCGACCUCGGCGAUUGUACAUUCGGGUUUGUGUACCUCAUGGAACUGUCCACUCCCUUCGUCUCUAUUCGUGGGAUCCUCUCCAGGCUCAAGCUGAAGUCGUCGAAGGCGUACCUGGUGAACGGCAUCCUGAUGCUGCUGAGCUUCCUGUUCUGCCGCGUGCUCAGUCUGCCCUACGUCUGUCUGCUCUACAGCCGCGUGCUGGGCGUCUCCUAUCUCGAGGCUAUAAAGAGUCUUCCGACGGGCUGCAAGAUCUCCAUCUGCAUCCUGCUGCUUCCUCAGCUGUACUGGUUCUACCUUAUGUCCGCCGGCGCCAUUAAGAUGCUGGCGACGCCGGCCGGCGCCGCGCUGUCGGCGGGCGACGCGCGCAAGCGCAGCUGACGCCGCGCGCACUGAUCUGUGCCGAUACUGAUAAAGUGAUAGUGAAGUGAAUUUCAUUCAGUGGUUUUGAAUCGCGGAGUGUUGUAGUGAAGUCCCGAAUAGUGAUUUUGAUAUUGGCGAUCUGUUAAAGGGCCGCCUGUGAAUUACGUGCCCUACAAAGGUAAAAAAAUUCUUAACCUAUAACAACACCAUUGUCCCAUACAGUGAAUUCGCUCGCGUUAGCCCCCGUUACUGAAUGACCCGCGACAAACACGUAAGAGGGGUCAAAAUCAUAAAACUCAUGUAGCGUAAUUCAUGUAUCCCUUAAUUUGAAUUAAUAAGUGGGUGUUUUCUAUUUAUUUUAUUGUUAAAAACAAAAUAGACCUGCUACUAUUUAAAUUUUAUCAAAUAACCAGUCAAUAAUGGGAGCUAACGUUUCUUACUCACUAGUUGGCGCCACUGGUCGAAUGAGGUUCACAAUCACGUAGAAAUUGUAUAACAUUUCGACGUACAUAAUUUGAGACAAUAUUAUGUCACAUUUACAGUCAAAAUUUUACUUAAACAUUUUUUUUAAAUUAAUUAAUUUUUUUUGUCAAAAUUUUACGACUAGAUCACUCUGAUCACUUUUAACUUUUCAGUAUGAAGCUGAAUUUGAUAAAUACACUUACGGUAUUACCAAAAUCGUAGUUUGAUUAAAACUAAAGUGAAAUGAAUGAAAAUAUAGGUCAUUCGCGUGUUGUUUACAACGGAAAUAUCGACUAUAGAAAAAGUCUGCUUAUAAAUCUGAAACUAUAGUUGAUUUUUCCGUCAAUAAUCACAAAUGAGUGACCCGUAUUUACGUUAAUAAAAUCAUGGUUAAGUGUUGUGUAAAUGUGUUAAUUUAAUGUUAGACAUAUUAGUGAAUUAUGAUUCAGUCUACCAAACAUCUGCUUCUCAAAUUAGACUAUUUUAUUCCUACCAUAAAUAUAUAAGGCCCGAUACAUACUCCGGUAUCUCAUUGUGCAGAAUUUGUCCAAAACACUGGAAAGCUAAACAUUCGCAAGAUAAAUGCUGUCAAUAUGAAAAUUUGACUUAUAUUGAACGAUAUGAUCGAUGUAUGUCAGAAGCGCAUAAUGACAGAUUCGCAUAUGGUCAAAAUAAUGAAAAUGAAAAAAUCCACUCAUCAUAAUACUGCAAGAUACCGUCUUCCCCUUUUUAACUUUAUAUUCCCUUUUGUCAGUCAUACUUACAUAGAUUUAAAUAUGAAGUCUGGCUAUACUGCUCUCUCUUUCUCUCUCAUCUCCGCAUGUUCUCUGUUGCGUUCGGGACUUUGAAGCCGAAGUCUGUACUGCAUUCAUGACCGCGGGAUCGAGUUUGAUAAAAUUUUGUUUAGAUAUGGCUAAUGGAAUGAGUUUGGAUUCUAUGUACCAAUGAUCAAAAUUAUUUUUAUCUUAUAAACAAAUAGUUCUUCAACUAGCACUCUUUUUUGUUUCAAUUUAAUUUCUUUGUCAUUACGCGAACCUGUCGUUAUGCGCAUCUGUCAUUCAUCAUCGCCUGACAUUAUCAGUUUCUGACUUACGUGUAGUUUUCUGCUCGGUGAUAUAUCGCAUUACGAACGGAGCCCAAGGAGUAACAUUUCAUUGAUACAUUUUGUACAAAAAGUGCCUUUGAAGGUCUAGUCUCAGAAUUAUUAUUUGAAACUAGUCAACCUCCAGCCCAAUGGAAAAAUAUUACCAUUAUUGUGAUAGAUGUCGAUGGAUGUUUGAUGUAGAAUAAUAGCACAAUGUAACCGUAUGUUAAAGGAUUAUUAACGCCUAGUAUACAGGCCAGCCGAAAGAAACAAUAUUUUAAAUGCCAGUGCAAACAUAAUGGUUUAUUUUUUAAAAUGCAGAUUUCCUGAUCGUAAAACCGCUAUCCAUGGACACCAGCAACCUGAAACUGGUCAUCGAAUAGUUAUAACACAUACACUACAAGUUCAGCCAAAAUUUCACACAACAAUUCAAUUUAUUAAUACCCAUUUUGUCUGCACUGACCUUAACGCAUAUAGUUAACUAACCAACAGUAGUUUUUAAAUUAGAUGGUGCUUUUGUCUACUAUAUUAGACAUAAGUGUAUCGUUUCUAUGCUUUUUAGGACAAUAGAACAAAUAUUCAUUAUCAUAGACAAAUUCUUCCAGCACUUUUAUUCUUAUUAUUUAACUAUAAAAAGUUACAACCAAUUAUGUUUAAUUAAAUACUUUAUACUUUGUGACACUCUUGAAAUUUUGUAUUGCUAACACUAUGUCAUAUUUCAUACAAGUGGCCUAAAGGCGUUUGACAUGACUUACGAUACGGCUACCGCCACCUAGUGGCGAUUACAUUGAUAUGGCGAGACAAAAGUGAUUUAAUUAAAUUUGGUUGCAACUUUUUAUAGUGCUAUAGAUAUAUUAGACCUAUAGUAAUAUUUCAUUCUAUAUCUUCCCUAUUUUUAGCUUCCAUAAUGUCUUCUUUUUCUAAUAUUUUCCAGUUAAUAUUGCAUUUUGUCAUUGCAUUUUAAUGAUCAUUUAUUAUGCAUAGAAUAUUUAAAAAAAUAUUGAUUUUUAUACACUGAAGUUUAUAAAAAGUUCACAGUUUAUAUAUUUUUAAGGCAUAUAGAUAUUAGGACAAAACUGCACUCAUUGCAGAAAUGUAUUCGAAGCAUUUAUUGAUUUUUAGUACAUUAAAAAUUGUACUUCUUAUUUUUCCACACUUCAAAUAUAUAAUUGAAUUAAUAACUAGACUUAGCAGGAAUCUGUAACUAAAUGCGUAAAUACACAUGCCAGGCAUACUAUACAUUUUUUUAUCUCAUAUUAGGAUCAUGUAUAGUUUUGUCAUUUCUUAAAAAAAAUUGUCAGUCUGUCAAGAAAGUGAAGAAAACAAUUUUUUUUUGUUUCGUCUUGACACUCCGGUGACACUAGGUAUUUAUCAAUCAACCUUGACCAAUCCGUUUGGUAUUGCAAUGUCAAAAUAAUUUAAUUUGUAAAAAAAUUUUUUCUUCACUUUCGUGAGAGACUGUACAGUCUGCCACAAAGAAAUCUGACCCCCUAAGAGAUGGUGUUCAAAUCGCGGGGGGGUCAGAUUUCUCUGUGGCAGACUGUACAAUGUUGCACUAAAAGAUGUAUACAUUUAAAUUUAGAAUCUCACGAAUAGGGAUCUCCCGAAUCAUAUCAUAUAUCUAAUAAAUAUACUGCAGUCUGUCUAUAAAGGGUAGAAAAUAUAUGAGUGUCGAUCUUAACUUUAUACUUAUUCUAUUUGGAAUUUCAGUAUCACCUUACUUUAUUUGUAAAAAGUUAUUUAAACUAAUUUUAGGGUGACGUUACUCACUUGGUCUAAUAUUGUUUCAUCUCAGGUAACAUUACGAAAGAUAGCAAUAAUAUUUAAUACAAAGAAUUUGAUAAGUGUAAUACCGCCCUACUAUACUAUGGCGUUGCCAAUCGAUAGUGUAUCGAUAUGUGGCGGUAUCGAUACUUUAGAUAAUUUCCAACCUAAGCAAUUAAUUUAAGAUAAUUAGCAAUUAAUGGCAAUAGCCAUUAAAUUAAUAAUGAAAUUAUGAAUUUAAUGGCUAUUGCCAUUAAUUGCUAACUAAUUUUCAUGUUUUAAUGAGUAUUUUACUUAGGGCGGAAUAUCAAAUUGUUUAUCCAUUAGUAUUGCUAUCUCUUUCGUAAUUUUACGUGAGAUGAACGACUUAGCAAUAUUGGUCAAAGAAUUUGAUAAUUAUCAACUAUUUUGUUAACAUAUAAUUAUUUUAAUAAUGUAACUUUUUUAAUGUGUAGAAUUAUUAGUCAUGCACAUACAUACCAUAAAUAUUAAGAUUUGUAUUAUGCUGUGGCCUCACCUGCGUGUUGUCGAAGUACUUCGUCUUACGACUAAUUCGUUCCAUAUCAGGACAAAAUGAUUGCUGUUUUUCACUUACUAUGAACACAAAAGAGUACGCGACAGUUCGGAGUAAGGCAUAUGCAGUCUAUCGCGAUAAGCUUCGUAUCAAGUGCGGCAGCAGCAUUAGCAUUAAAACUGAAUUUAGUGAGCUAACGUAAUCGUUUCUUGUGAAGCGUGUUUCCGUUUUAAAUGUUUAAUUAUUUAUUACACGCGCACAUAGUAAUUCGUGUGUACAUAUAUGCAUAUUUUGUACUCUUACAUUUUAUCCGUUUGUUAUGUAUAGAUUGAGGGUAAUUCGAUAUGAGACCACGCGCACGGUCAAAUGAUUGAACUUUGAAAUAUUUCACGCGUUCACCGUUUGAUCACACCAUUGUAAUACUAUCCUACUCCUUACUAAUAUUAUAAAUGCGAAAGUGUUGUUUGUUACUCUUUCACGCAAAAUCUAGUGGACCGAUUGUUACGAAAUUUGGUACACAGCUGGAAUAUAACUUAGAAAAACACAUAGGGUAAUUUUUUUCCCGAAAUUCCCACGAGAGCGAAGCCCCGCAGCUAGUAAGUUAUAUGUUUGUCACCUUUUCAGACUAUCCACUCAAACAAUCUUUUAUCCCGAAAUUCCUACGGGAGCGAAGUCCUGGGACGCAGCUAGUAAGUUAUAUGUUUGUUACCUCUUCAUCCACUCAAACAAUCUUGUGGUAUAAGUAGUUAGAAGGAUAUGUCCUUCUCCACUACACUUUCCGCUUCUCUUACUGCUUCUACUCUUAGCCUAUAGGCUACCUUUAAUCCCGGAAAUUGUUGAUCCCGGUUCAAAAUCAAGCUGGCAAAUAAAACAAUUAAUAUUUAAAAAAAAAUACCUUUUUGUGUUUAACCAUUUGACCAUGUGCGUGGGCAGCUCUCUGUGGUCACAUAGUGAAUAACCACAGAUUGACAUACCUUAUGUCGUAGGGCUAAGGUUGAAUGUUGUUUGUGUAUAGCGCGCCAACCGUUUCCCUUUUUUCCACCACAGAUAACUGGUUAAUAGAUCCAAUAAAUAUGUGUUAAAAUCCCUACGGGGUAGACAGAGCCAAGAGUCGCGAAGCUGAUUAGCUAAUGUCGCUUUUGGCUGUACCGUAAAAUGUUCCCUUUCACAAAUAGUAAAUCAAUUUGACACAUGAUAUAUAUAUAUAGCAUAAAUUACAUUUUUAGAGCAAAAACUGGCCAAGUUUUUGCCCAGCGGACAUUUUGCGAAAAGGACGUUUUGCGACGUAGUCUCCAGUUCACUUUAAUUUUACAAUUCUCAUUGGGAUAUUGCUCUAGACCUCUCACAAUCGAAUCUAUUCCCAUUGAGACGCAUAUAACCAAUCGCAGAGCGCCAUUGUGAAGCAACGACGACCACACCGCAAUGUGAUUGGUUCGCUUCGAACUUGGAAUCGAUAAUGUUCCCUCUGGUGUUGAAAAGGGUAAACCAGUGGUGUUAAGUUGGCACGAGUUUUUUGUAAACAAAUUAUUAUAAGGCACCAAAUAUUGACUUGCUUAGCAAAGGUUUGAACUAGAUAUUUCGGGGCCUAGACUGGCCUAGCCAAGGAUUAGACUUGUAAUCGUGAUUGUAGAGUAAAAUUAUUUUUGUUUGUUAAAUUGUAUAAUUUUUUUAAAACAAGUCUAGUUCUAGCUUGAAAUUUAGCGCUUUUUUGUUAUUGUUGUUUAUUUGUUAUUAUGUAAAAUAUAACGCAAUUUUUCAUGUGAAAA